AUGGGUCCCGCGCCCACCGGCGGUCCUCCCCCUCGUCGUGGAGGUCGGCCCCAGCACUAUUCGCCGGCUCAUGGCUACCACGGUCAUCACGGCCACCACAACCAUCAUGCCCAACAUUCCCAACACUCUCAGCACUCCCAGCAUUCCCAGCACUCUCAGCACUCCCAACACUCCCAACAUUCUCAGCAUGUCCAGCACGCCCAGCAUGUCCAUCACCAACAGCACCUCGGCCAGCAAAUGUACCAGGCCAACUACAUGGCGAACCCCUAUGCCGCCACCCCCUACUACAUGCACCCGCCUUACCAGAACGGCGUCAUACCCGGCCCGGCCGGCUACAUGGGGUAUCCCAACCAGGGAUACGUCCGCUCUCCCGCUCUGCAGCACUUCGUCCCCAUGCCGCAGUCCUACGGCCGUCCUCCGCAACACUCCCCGAUCGUCUCGUCGCCCUAUCAUCCACCACCGCCUACCGCAGUGCCUGGUGCUCCUCCGAUGCCGCACACUCCGACGUCCACACACUCCCAUGCUACUGUUCCGCCUCCCCCUUCUAUGACCCCGCCCGUGCAGCAGCAGCUUUACGAGGCCGUCCAACCCCCUGCCCCGGAUCUGGCCCCGACCCAGGCUCCGUCGCAGCCCCAACAUCUCCCCGAACCGCAGCCCGAACCGCAGCCCGAGCCGCAGCCAGAGCCACAGCCAGAGCCACAGCCCGAGCCGCAGCCCGAGUCGCACCUCGUCCCAGAGCCGGAGGACCCUACUCCCCAGCCGGUAGCAAAGGCACCAUCGACUUCUUCUGUCCAAAGCUAUAUACAACCUUUUAGGCCACCCCUCCCGUGGCUCUCCCAUCCCGACGACCCUUUCCCACAGCGCACAUCCAAGUUGAGGAGGAAAAAGAAGCUUUUGGGUGCCGAUGCAGAGAGAUUGGAGCUUCCUGGCCAACACGCCCCCGGCGCUGAAGCCCCUGUCGAGAAUCCUCAGGCUCAAGCGCCGGCCCAGACUGUGCAACAGGCCGCGAGUGUUGCUCCCAAACCUGAGCACAAGGCCGCCGAGACCCUUGUUUCUCGUUCCGAGACCCCUUCCACGCAGGAAAUCCCUUCUGAGGCUGCCAUCUCUAGCGUGCCGACCACCCCGAGCUCAGCGCCCCCGCUCAAGUCGUCCGGAACACCUUCCGCCGUGAGGCCUGCAGUGCCGGUUGUCCCGAUCCUGCCCAAGCCCAGCCCCAAAGAGCCCACAUCCAGACCCACCGCCGCGAAAGAUGCUACCGAAGGAAAGCCGGCAGUUGCUGCUCCUAGCGAACAACAAGCAGAGGCGGCCAAGCCGAGCACCGACAGCGCUGAGGAAGCUGCCGAGGCGCCUCAGCCAGGCCCAGCAUGGGGCAAACCUAAGCUUUGGGCUGGUCUGUUCUCCAAGCCUGCCGGUGCGGCCGCGAGCACGAGCUCUUCUACCACCGCCCAAGGCCAUGCCAACGGUAACGCGGCAGAGGCGACGGCUGUCGUACCGGGGAUCGGUAGCUUCGCCAAGGCAAACGCCAGCUCUCUGGCGCAGGCCCUGCAAGCGUACCGUCCCAAUGCCCCCGAUAAGCUUGCUUUCCUGGAGCCAAGAGGCCUUGUUAACACUGGAAACAUGUGCUACAUGAAUUCGGUGCUGCAAGUCCUGAUCUUCUGCAUUCCUUUCUUCGACUUCUUGGACCAAGUCAGCAAGAAGGCGGCCCAUAGCUUCAAAAGCGAAACGCCCCUGAUUGAUGCCAUGGUCAUGUUUAUUCGUGAGUUCAAAACGAUCGAUGCUGCGGUGUCCGCUGAGCAGCUCAAAAAGCGCCUGAAGAGCGAGGAGUAUGAGAAAUACGGCGAGCCCUUCACCCCUGAGUUUGUGUACGAGGCUAUCCGGACCCUUCCACGCUUCGCUAGCAUGAGGCGUGGUCAUCAACAGGACGCCCAGGAGUUCCUCGGCUUCCUCCUCGAGGGCCUCCACGACGAAUGUGCCCAGGUGAUGCGUGCGGCGCCAGUGUCCACCGUGUCCACCGCUACCAACUCGUCACUUCCGUCUCCAACCUCUGCUAAGACCAACGAUGCUUCUGAGGGAACUGAUGACUGGCUCGAGGUUGGCCCACGCCAGCGCUCUGCUGUCACCCGCUCGUCUGGGCACUCCAACUCAGCAUCACCCAUCACCAAGAUCUUUGGUGGGCAGCUUCGUUCCGAGCUUCGUGUCCCGGGCAACAAGCACUCGGUUACCCUUGAGCCGUACCAGCCCCUUCAGCUCGACAUUGGGUCUCCUGAGGUCCGCAACAUCAUCGACGCUCUCAAGGGACUCACGCGACCCGAGGUGCUUCACGGCGACUUCAACUCACCCCACGGCAAGGAUGUCCGCGCGACCAAGCAGGUUUCUAUCGAAUCCGUGCCGCCGGUUCUGAUCCUACACCUGAAGCGAUUCCAGUUUGAUGCUGAGGGCUAUGGCGGGACUGUCAAGAUCUGGAAGAAGGUUGGGUAUCCUCUGGAGUUCGAGUUCCCGCGGGAAGUGCUGUCGCGCCAGAUCCGCAACACCAUUCUCGCAGAGAACUCGGGCGCCCCUCGCUACCGCCUUAUUGGCGUCGUAUACCACCACGGCAAGAAUGCUAGCGGUGGUCACUACACUGUCGACGUGCGCCGCCAGGACGGACGUGAGUGGAUCCGUAUCGACGACACCGUUAUCCGGCGCGUUCGUGACGAAGACGUCGCGGAGGGUGGAGCUGAAGAGGAUCCUGGGAAGGCCGAUGGACGGAAGGAUGGAGGCAACGCUGCUUCGGGCAACCGGUUCCAGGGCAUUGAGGAUGAGGAUACCGGUGAUGACGACGGCUGGAAGCAGGCUGCUGGUGGGAAGAAGUGGAGCAGCGUCGUCAACGGCGCCUCGGGCCCCGUCAAUGGCCAGAAGGCCAAGCAACAGCACAAGGAAAGCAUCAAGGAGAACAAGGUCGCCUACUUGCUGUUCUACCAGCGGAUCUGA